CUUAUAAAAAUAACCACGAAGGAAAGAUAACUGUCAUUUUCUUCAACCUUCCCCAUCUAAACUAGGCCUGACAAAUAUUUUUAAAAUGACCUCAAAUCAUUUGCGCUUUAUAGCAAGAACUGUACUUGUAAAAAAUAAUGACAUAGAACCAGCAUACAGACUUUUGGAUAAUAUUCUGAGAAAGGAGCAUUUUUUCUCUGAUGUCAAAAGAAAAGAAAGAUAUGAGAAACCAUUUCUUAAAAGAAGUCGCCUGACCUAUGAAAGAUGUCGGAGAAUUUAUGAUUCUGAAAUGCGCAGAAAGAUUGAAUUUGUCAUGAGAAAGAAUCGACCAGAUCCAUUUUUGAGAUAAUAUGUGAAGUUUUCUAUGCCAUUAAAUUUGUAUGAC